CUAGCUCAUUAAAUGAGGACGUUGAAAUCUGCCGCUAAGCUCAAUAAAUGAGGAAAUGGAACGUGCAUUCGUGGCGACAUGACGUGUGAUUAAUGUGAUUGUAAGUUAAAAUGGGUGAUUUGUCACCGAGUGCGUACGAGGACGAAAACUUGACUCAGUUCAAGCUGGAUGAUUAUUCGGACGAAGCCCUGGCGAAGAUGGAGUUGUUCAAGGAUUACCCGGAGGCCUUGUUGAGGUUCGCGUCGGUGUGCUGUGUGCUUUUCAUGCUUGUGGGGAUUCCGGGGAACCUUAUCACUAUCAUCGCGUUGGCAAGGUGUAAAAAGGUCCGGAACGCAACAGCAGUGUUCAUAAUGAACCUCUCCUGCUCCGACCUGCUUUUCUGCUGCUUCAACUUGCCCCUCGCCGCCUCGACGUUUUGGCAGCGUUCCUGGGCGCACGGGCGGACGCUGUGCCGCAUGUUCCCGUUGGCGAGAUACGCGCUGGUCGCGGUGUCUCUCUUCACUGUGCUGGCUAUCACUAUCAACAGAUAUGUCAUGAUAUCGCAUCCCAGGCUCUAUCCUAAGUUGUACAGAAGACAGUAUUUGGCAGUGAUGGUGGCCAGUACUUGGGCGUUCGCGUUCGGAGCGCUCAUAGCCACGUGGUUCGAAAAAUGGGGUCGCUUCGGCCUCGAUCUCAGAAUCGGCUCCUGUUCCAUACUUCCCGAUGACAACAAAAGAUCUCCAAAAGAGUUCCUCUUCGUGGGCGCGUUCAUGCUUCCCUGCCUCGCUAUAGUUAUUUGUUACGCGAGGAUAUUCUGUAUCGUUCGGGAAGCAGCAAAGAAAUCGAGGGCACCCGUGAGGAGCAGGACUCGGCCUGGGCGGGAAGACUCGGCCAUGGGCUCGGCCUCCACUGCGGUAGAACGGUCGCCGGGCCCUGAGAAUGGAACUAACCACGCGGCUCCCCCGCGGAGAACUCUCCUAGCUCCACCAGUCUUACACUGCCCACCGACCCCCGGCCCUGAGCGAUCCUCAUCCUCAGGCGUAGACACCUUAGACGGGCACGACGAAGAAUGUGCACUAGACGGCAAGCGGACGCCGAGCGGCAGCGAAACGACUAAAAGACUGCGCCAGGCAGCCGCAGCUUUAAAACGAGCGCCAGGCCCCGUACGCGCACCGCGUCUUACUCCAAAAGACAGGAAACUAUUAAAAAUGAUUAUGGCAAUAAUGCUCUCCUUCUGGGUCUGCUAUCUCCCGAUAACUCUGACAAAGAUAUUUCGCGAGUUCACUUCGUAUCCGCUGGCGAACAUCGCCGGGUACAUUCUUAUCUAUCUGACGACGUGCAUCAACCCUAUUAUUUAUGUGGUCAUGUCGAGUGAGUACCGGCAGGCCUACAAGAACUUGCUGAUGUGUCGCCGGAGGGCGUGACGGUCACCCGGGGACGGCGUCGCCGAGAAGCAGCCGCCGUGACUAGUCGUUGACGGGGGAUCACACUGCAUCUCCCUGAAACAAAUGAACUAUAGUAUUUCCCAAAGAACUUCACUCUAAAUACUCCUGUGAGUCUAAGUAGCGAGUUAAGUUACAAGUGAGUGUGAAGUGGAUUUUUUUACAAAAAUCGUUUUAUUCGCGAGCCGUCCGUGAUUGUGCUAGUGGAGAUGGGAUGAAGAUGAGAUAGAAAUGAGACUUUUAUUGGUAGGUAAGUAAGUUAUUGAUGACAUAAUGAUUGAUAUUCAAAGUAUACAUAAGUAUAAAGUAUCUAAACUGUAAGUAAAUGUGCAAUCUUUUUGUAAUGUUUAAUUUAUUACAUGACAUUAUUACGUAUAGGCAAGGUGCGAAUAAGUCGCAAUUAUUUCGUGUUUAACGUAUAUGUAUUUUGAUUGUGUUAAAAGUUAGCUUUUAACUAUUCAACGUAAUGUUAUAGACGCUUAGCAAUAAAAGAGCAAGGAUACAAUAAUGUUAAAAAGCAAUAAAAUAUUGUAAUAUUGGAGGAGGAAUUGAAAGGCUAAGCAGUCUAUAUUUAUUUAUAAAAUGAAAUUGUACAGUGUACGGUAAACUCAGUACAACAAGUUAUAAGUCUCGAAUAUAACGUAUUUGCAGUAACAAAGUUUGGCUAAGGAAACUUCUACAAUGUAGAGUUUAUCGCUUAUUGGAGUUUUGUAAUAAGGAGUUUACAUUGCAUUACAUUUUACAAAAGAACGGUACAUUUCAGUUUUAUUUUAAGCUUUUGAGACCUACAAUUUAAUCGAAACUACCACAAGUGUGUUGCUGAGAAGUACCUAAUGAUAUUAAGUAUUACCGUUUCUUUUAAAAAUGGAAACUUCUGGCAAAUGUUUAUAAUAUGUAUAACACCGCGUUUUAUACACAUUUUUAAGUCACUCACGGUUCGAACGAGAUAAAAUAAUAACAUUUGGUCGUGACCACGGCCCGGCCAGUGCAACCUGUGGCUGUAUCAUGGUCGUGUAUUUGUCACUUGUCAUAUCAUGCAUCACUUUCGCAUGGUGACAAAAGAUAUGUCUAUAUCCGACCGUCUUAACCCAGUGGCCGUAUCAAGGUCGCGUUUUAGUCACUUGUCACACAUUGGUGACAAAUGAUAUAUAGCCGCCAAUCUUAGUCGGGCUGCUGGCCGAAACGUAGGGAAAACUGUAAAA